AUGAAGCAUGGCUCAGCGGAGGCUCGAAGGCUCUUUCCUUGCUUAUUGGAGCUCCCAUUGCUUCUUCACAAGGAUCUGUUCAUCAAUGAAAGUAGCCAAGUACCUGAGUGGAUGUUUCUGACUUGGGUGAGUCAACUGUUGGCUAGCCUGGACACAGAGAUAGGGAGCGUGUUGGCACGACUGCUGGUACAGCUGGCCACUGUCCUACCCGAAGAUGUACAAACACACGACUACCCCAUCACCAACCUCACAGUAAACAGUUUGAAACCUCUGCUGGCCCUGGACACCCAAACUGCAACGACAGUCCAAGCCUUGGCUUGUGUCUGCCAACCACAUUACUGUCUGGUCUAUCAUCUGGACAGGCUGAUUACGGCUCUGGCUCAGGACACGGAUUCAAUUAAUGAGAUAUAUCUCCAGAUGAAGACCGAAGCAUACCCGCCUGAAGGAGGGGAUAGAAUAAAAGGCAUGGCCUUCAGUGACUUGAAAAAAAUUCACU